CUUCGCUGAGAUGUGUGAAACCUAAAGAGGCAAGUGCUUUCUCGUUUUCGUUUCCCACGCCAUCGCAACGCUCGAAUCUCAACGGUGUUAAGUCAGCGGCGGUGUUUUAGCAUCGCAUAGGUGCUCAGACAUUCGAGAGCCCCUUCUCUCUUCUCACCGCUUGUGUUUCCGAGUCCAACCCCCCCCCCCCUCCUCGUACUACCAGCGAGAGCGCUCCAAAAGGGAUAACCAACAACGCAAGAAGAGUAAAAAAAACAUCGCAAAGGGGGAAGGCGAAAGAAAGAUGAUUUAUUCGCAUCCUCGGCUUGUGUUCCUCGGCCGUCCUGAGGUCCCGAUCGGUGGAAACGCGGUCGCGAUCAUGGAGCAUCGUAGCGCAAACCGACGCCAGCGAAGGCCCUAAAAGUCGCCGAAGCCUGUGCCCGUACAACAUCAGGUCGCGAUGUGCGCCCGUCGGCGUCGCGUACCUUCGAGCGGGAAGGCGUCCCUGCCCGAGAGGCCGAGCUUCUGGCCCUGUUGAAGCGAGAUAUCAUCCGUGUGACAAGUCUACGAAGCUCGUCCAAAGAUAAGCACAGGUUCGUUCCUAGCGACGAGCCCGCGGGGUUCCCCAAUGGCCCACAGGCCAGAAGCGGCGCGAUCCGCAAAAUGACGUUCAAAGUGGGUGAUUACGGCUGGGUCUGGGACGGCAUCCAGUGGUCCUCUUGGCGAUCUCUCAACCCCGACAGGGAACACCAGCAACAGAAACCGCUCCUGGGAUUCACGCUCUUCAUUUGGAUCAAGCGUCUGAAACUCGACGAGGCCGAGCUCCUGCGCAACAUACAGGUGCUCGGCGGUCGCGUGUCCGAGUUUCUCGACGAAGCGGUCAGUUUCGUGGUCACCGAUCAGGACCCGACCAAGGUAACCGCGGCGCCCAAAACUUCCGAGGAACAAGCGCCGCGAUCGCGCGGUCAGUUGAUACUGAGCCGCGCGCAGAAGGAAGCGGGAGCCGCCGAAGACUGCGUCAUCGACAGGGUGCGGGAGGCGCGCAUCCGACUGUGGAACAUCAGCCAGUUCCUGCGCUGGGUCGAGGUGCAACUGAACAUCCAACCCGCCGCGUCGCCGGAGAUACCAGCUGCGGCGACCUCUCGCAAACGCAAGGCGUCCCGCCUUCCGCGACCCCUCGUGAAGGUCGAAGACUUCGAGCAGGAGUUCAAGCCGGUCUACAAGGUGUUCAAGUCGGACCCGUCGCUCUACAUCAACUCCCUCUACCCGUCCAGUCCGUUCGACGACCCCGCCGUUCAGGAGCGCUACGUGCAGCUCAAAAAGUCCGGACGAGGAGUCGUCGUCGCCUCCUCGGGUGAUUCGGACUGCACCGACAAGGAGACCGACGUCACUGCGACGGCCAACAAGCCCUCACAACAACAGGGAGCAGCCGCCGCCGCCAACACCGCGACCGCAGCGCCGCCACCGCCGCCGGCCAAGCACCAGUACUGCGAGUGCUGUAAUGCCUACUUCUACAACCUCCAGCAGCACAUAGGCCCUGACGGUGCACACCACCGAGAGUUUGCACUGCGCGACGACAACUUCGAGUGUGUGAAGGAGCUCAUUGACUGUUUUCCGAGCCUGGACGACUUUGUGGGCAAUGGGGACCAUGGCCUAGACAAGGCGCUCGGAGACAUGCAUCCUUCCGCGUACCACUUUGCCAUGCUCAAUGCGGCCGGCAUGCAGGCGUCUUCUGCUGCCUACCACCGGCCGCCGCCCAUGCCGUUCACGACGAGGCCCACCUUCGACCCGGGACAGGUGAUGGUGAAGCAAGAACCGCAGGAAGACUCGCCCCCCAGCGCCAUGCACCAUUCGGGACUUCUCUCUAGCGUGGGUGAAGCCGGCGCGGCCGUUCCCCUGGACUUCUCGCGGACGAGCCAACUGUCGGAGAUCUGCGGCCAGAGCUUCCCGAGGGAGUAUGUCCACCACCACGGCCCUCCGCCGCCACUCAUUCCACACCCUCCGUACCUUCCGGACAAGACUGAGGAGCCACAGUCGUGCUGGAUGGGCGGAGCCGGUGCCAAGAUGGAUCCGGCCGGAAGCGGAGCGGCGGCCACAGCGGCUUCCAUGCCUCCUCCGCCACCACACCUGUCACACCACUCACAGGGGGUGCCGCCAGCAUCCAGUUCGCACCACCUGCCGCUCGAAAACCUCAGCUUCCUCGACCCUCCGCAGCAGGAUGCGAUGUUCACGAGCGAGCUUCCGCAGCCGGACUUCUCGUUUGGCCUGCAGAACCUCCUGCACAGCAUCUGCGACGAGACCGAGGACGAGAACGGUCAGAGGAGGAGCGGUGGCUCACGGAGCAUUGACGCUCACAAGGAGAACCUGGAGAAGGCUGUGGAGAGUGCAACCGCUCCGGCGCCCUUAAUACCUCAGCCACAGCCUCAACAGCAGCAGCCGUAUUCCAUGUGGUCCUUCUCGGACCCUGCAAUCAUGGCUGCCGAGAACGCGAGGUGUCAGCAGCAGCCGUCCAUGGAGAACUCGUCUUCGUCGCCACUUGAGCUGACGGCGCACACACCGUCCGAGGCGCCACUGUCGUCCGCGUCGAAGCAGACAGCGGCACGGCGAAGGCACAGCCGCGAUGACGAGGACGCAACAAGCAACGGCAUGUCUGAGAGCAACCCCAAUCGCUGGACUGUUGAGAGGACGCGGCGGGGCGUCGGACUGAAACUGAAGUUCACGCCGGCACGUAAGCAGAGCUCUUCACUGAUGAGUCCACCUACCCCAGUGCCCACUACUCCGCGGACGCCGAAAGCGGCCAAGAGUGCCGGAGGCGGCCCCUCGUCUUCGUUCGACGUCUACGACUGGAACGACGAGGAGGAAGGUGAGUGUUCGGAGUUUGUGAAAGUUCAGUGGCGGGUCAUGCACACCGAGGACACAAAGGUGAUCUUGUGCCGGACUAAACAGUUUGCGCUCCCGCGCAAGCAUGGCAAAGGUGUGGGCAGCGGUAAGCAGCUCGUCUACUGACGUGCGCAGUUGACUGCUUGAACUCGUGUGCAGCUGUCUCACGUGUCGGGGUUGCUGCUUUUUUCCCCUCGGGUGGUGCGACGCUGAUGCAAUGCUGGACCUCCGGUGAGUGCGGCGUUGAAGCAGCGGCAAAACCACUGAAAAAUGCAAUAUCAUCGGCGUACGAGUCAGCGACUGCCCGUUCUUGGUCGCAGAGCCAAGGGUGGAGCGUCCGCGCCGGACUCGCUGAUAUACGUUUUCAAGCGUCUCCACUUUUUUUUCUCCAUUCUCAUCACCGUCACCCAUCAAGUCUGCAUCUCACCCGCUGUACCAUUUUGUCCAUCAGACAGCUUCGUGCAUGCUUCUUACUGAAAGCGGACUGGGGUGUCCCUCGGAGCCCUUUGUUGCGGCACGAUCCGGGAAGCUUGAGAAUGCCGUGGAUGCGGAGAGGUCACUCGUGUGUUAUAACCUGUCAGUGAGGGUUGUGCCCAGGUAUUCCCAGCUACCAAAAAUUGACAGAGGCUCCCUGUAAAAAGAAAUUGUUCCUUCCAGCUCUUCCUUGCGAGGAACAGGAUACCUGGGCCCAGCUAACCAUGACAAACCCCCCAUGUAUGCAGCCAUUUAGCGUUAACGUAAAAACCCUCUCAUCAAGAUUGCGAGUGUUUCUCAACGCACACAAUUUCAGAAAAUACUCUCGGCCUGGAAAGCGAAUGCCUAGCUCUCUGUACGAAAAUGCGCAGUGUGGUGCUUUCUUUGUGUCUGAGGCGAACGAAAGUUGUGUAGAUUUUUUUCCUCUCACUCUAUAUUUGCAGCAGAUAUUCAACCUCGAAAUUUACGCUUUUAAUUUGUAGCAAUUACAACAGCCUUCUAAGGAUUUACAUUAGAUUGGGUACACUAAAUAGGACACGAUGGCCGUGUUGUUUGCACUAUGAGAUUCGUUAACAACCGACAAUUCUGCUGCAACCAAGACCAUUGCAUUGAGCUCCUUUGCCACUGGCUUCAAGUCACUUGGUGGUUUAUACAGUGUUGGGUGUUAAGAGUCAAUGUAGCAAGCAGUCUUUUCUUUUCUUUGAACAGAAGCUUUUCAUCUGCAGAAAUGAUGCUUGCGUAUGUAACGUCACUGUGUGUUUUUCCUGUCCGCUAAGAACAUCUCGUCACAAAUUUGUGUGUCACGUAAACAAGCUGUGCCGAAAUUGGACUUGAUGCAGCUGUAAAUACGGCUCAAUUUUUUACUAGCAACGUGUGCACUGUACCGAUACACAAUUGCACCUCACAGCCCAACAUUCGGACCAGUUUUUUAAAAAUCUUUUAUUGCAACUGAUCACAACGUUGAGACGGGACGUUAACUGAUUAUGUUCUUCCUUGUGCAGAGUCGAAUAAGUUUGAAUCUAACAGCCCGAGUGCGAGAUGUGACGGGACAUGUGUUCUUGUACAGUGUAAACUUCCUCAGAUUACCUAUCUCUCGAGAGGCUGCGCUGGCGAAAGCUGCUGGUAACAUCGUGCUGCCCCUUAGACUGAUAUGUGUGUUCUGCGCUUUGCGUGUUUUACACUUGCUUUGCUUUGCUGAUUGCACGUCAAUGUGUUCUUAACCCCUUCGCCUUUUUUUUUUCUACUUUCGACCGAGGUGUUUGCCGUUGGCUUGACAGGUGGCUUUUGUGCAUUUGUGUCUGCUCUCAGGCAGCAGCCAAAAUGUUAAAAUGUUCGUAGUCAGCUGUGUGGAAACCCUUCGUAUGCUUGACAUUGAUUGGCCAUAGCGAAAUCAGGCCUUUUUAGUGGUACGCAGGCCGUCACAACCGCUUUGCCUAGCUGCUAUCUGGCUAGUGUCUAAACUACCAUCCCAGCUGUUGUUCUGUCCAAGGCACAUGAUAGCAGUACUUCAUUUAAAAGGCUUGACACAACAUGUGAUAAGUGAUUAUUUGUUUCUUUCCUGUAUUUCUGUACUUCAUCAGAAAAGUGUGAUAACAUUAGAUUCCUGAUAUUUAACUCUGAAACAUCAUUGCUAGGCACUGACCACUGUCAAAGCAUAUUCUGUUUGAUAAUGGUCAGUGGCCGUUGCAACAUGUUGCAGCUUUGUCAAGUUCGUAACAGGUGCUUCCAUACAACUAUAUAUGGUUUACCGCAGAAUUAUUGCCUGUGGAUGGAAAGACGGUGUAGUUACGGUGACUUGUGACCGUGACUUGAUGUGCGGACAAUGUGUGGCUGAAGUUGCGCAUGCAAAAAUCGGUACAUCGAGCCGACCUGGUGGGGCAUGCAGAACUUUUACGCAGCCUGUCCUGUGCAUCCAUAAAGGGUCAGUUGCCUGAUCAAAGUUUUGCAACUUAAUAUUCGAAUUAAUAUAAUAACAUCCUCACAGAUUUUAAGUUUGCUAAUGUCUCUUCAAACCUUUCUCUGUAGAUAGCAAACUCUUAUAUUUAACGUGGUGGUAGCUGCUAGCCAGUGGAAGUUGCGGGCGAGGCCCGAGUCAGCACGAGAGCUCAUGCCACUUUCUCUUUCUGUUGUGCACUUUCUUUUUUUGCUAGACUCCUUUUUCUGCUUGUGUUUUGCGGGCGCGCCAGGAUCGUUUUUCGCUUCUGGUUGCGGCUGCUUCCCACAGCAUUGGCAUUGCUUGUUCUUGCCCCCUUGUAAUCGCAUCUCCACGUGGAAUAGACAACCACGGGACGACGCUUGUGGAAUAGGAAGGACUAGGUCAUAACAUCAAAAAGAAACAUGCACAGAUGUUUUCUCAAUCAGAAGUUGAAAUCAGAUGCCCUGAAUGUGUUUGCUAGUCAUGAUACACGAAUGCUUGUCAUUAACACGAGUCGUUAAAAAAAAAUGGGGGGAUAUGUUAAACUAAUGUAAGCGAGGUUUCAACUACUUGCAUUUUUGCCUUGCUAUCAACGAACAAAUUAUGCUAUAUUUAUUUAUUCCUUUAUAUAAUAUAUGGCAUAUGCAAAACACAAGAAUAUGGUUAAAAGAAGUAUUCAAUAGCUAUGUCUAAAUCUGUGCUUCUCUACAUAUAUUACAUAUAUCUAUACUUACACUCUUGUCAAUGCAUGGAGGUCGCUGAAAAAGCAACGUUUUCGACUGAAGUUCAGUCAGUGACCAUUAAAUGUGGUGAUUGAACUAGCUUGUAAUGACUGAAACAUAAAAAUGCAGUCAGUGUUGGCAUGACCACAUCCCGGUAAUCGCCCCGGCACGCCCUGACCUGUAACGUUCGGCAGACACGCACCACCACGAUAACCGUGUGCCUUGCGAGAUCAACUUGCUUGUUUAAAAAUGUUUCAGUUGUGUUGCUGCCCAUUUGAAGUUUCACCCUAGUCUACAUAAUGCCACGCGUAUGUGACUCGGGUGAAACAAUAUUCGUUUCUUAUUCUCCCUAAUUGGGCGAGAGCACAUGAGGAGGAUGUGGGCCAUGCAGACAUUGCCAAGGAAAGCGUUCGCCACCCUAAGUCCCCUUGUCAAGAUAUUGGCACCAGCUUAAGGCAACUCAUGUUCAAGCACUGUUAAUCUAUUGUAUCUUUUUGUUUUCGUAUGAACAUUAUUGGCUUACUGGUGUGCCGUACUGGGUACCUUAUAGCACAUUUGAUAAACGACUAGUAUAUUUGAGCUCGCACAAGACAAGGUAAAUUGUAGAUUAUUGGGAGACGCCUUCAUCCAGCAGUGGACAUAGUAUAGGUUGAGAGCGAUGAUGAUAAUAAGCAACAGCGGUAAAAUGAGGACGACGAAAAGAGGAUCACAACGCAGGCAUCGUCUUGUCCUUGUCUAUAUCACUCUCGCUGGCCAGAUACGAACGACCACAAACUCAGUUCAAGUUUCUCUUGUGUUACCUUGUAGAACAGUAUUUCGUGCAAUAACUGCUAGGGGAAACUGGCGCUAUUGUCAGUGGGAGCUGCAAACGUGAUGGCACUGACAGCGUGGGAACGAUGGCAGCCGUGGGAACGAUGGUAGCACACAGGUUUGUCUAAACUUCGAAGAUGUGGAUUUCAAAUGGCUGUACGGUGUCGCAAGUUGGCAAAGAAGCUUUUACAAACAAAACAAAGAAAGCUUUACAUUUAUUAUAAAUCGAAUCAAUGUUUAUCAAGCUAGUAGCUGCUAGUGUAGCAUGAUACUGCCACAGAAUGGGCAUCCGCACAUUCUCGAAAGCCACCUGUCUUGCAACGAGGGAAGCGUGUGCGUGUGUGUGUGUUAUUGUUGUGUGCAGUUAGAGAAACGUAUUCCGGUGUGCCGCUUCGUGCCGAAAGAAAAUGCUUGCUCCUGUUCUGCGGGUUUAUUUUCCCUGAAAUGUUGUGCGACAUCUGGUUUAUUCUUGAUUAUGCAUUUAAGAGUAGCGCUCGAUGGGCUACUGGGAACACGAUUACAAACACAGGAUGGUGUUCACGACCUCGUGCUUGUAAACACAUUUCUUUCUUAUAGCCAGGCAAUGGAAGCCUGCAUCCAUGGUUUUAUAUCUUUGCAAAAGUGUGUAAUCAGCUCGAGUCUCAAAAAUAUGUUCAGUACAGAUUAGCUGCUUUUUCAAUUCAGUAUUUUAGCCUGUAUGAACAAAAUUUUCUUAGAAACAUACUUUAGCUCAGCAGUUUUUGUUGGUUUACAUAGAGACAAGGGCUUGGCUGUUAAUCGACCAAAUAGAUUUUAAUGAAGCUUGUAGCAUUAUAAAGAAAAUGUCAACUGCAAAUUGUGCAAAAGUGAAAAAAGAAAAGUCUAUAGAUUCACAUUUGUGUUUUGUGGUUUAUGGAGGCUGAAUUUUUAUGGUUGUGGAAGACACGGGCCAACUUGGUGCUCACAGUGAAACGGGGUGAAUGAGCGUACGAAGAUGCUUAUUAACGUGUGUUAGAUUCAUCCAUGUGCUCUUUGAGUCUUCUUGCGUGUGCCUGCUUCCUUGAGUGCUGUCUUGCCAAGAUUCGACGAAAAUAUUUGUUGUGACAUCAGCGAAAGAAGUAGUGGUGAGGUGCUGGCGACGUUCUUCUGGAAAUACGUCUUCAAAGUCAUUCGUAUAUUUCCAGAUGUCUGUUUGUGCACCUGAAUGUCUUCAAAGCUUUGUGCACCUGAUUAUCUCCAAAACACAUUCAGGUGCGCAAACGUCUUUGAAGACAUUCACGCUCUCAAAUACAAUCGAGCCAUUGAUGCAGGCCUUUGUGGGAUCACUAAACAGAAACUAAGUACAAUCGAGCCAUUGAUGCAGGCUGGUUAGCUAUGCUUCUUGAUGUCUGUGCGCUUUUGUUCCCAUAAUACGUCGUGGUGCAGAGAGCUUUCAUGGGAUUGCUUUGGUGGCGUCGACGUUGCAUGUCCUUCACGCCUGUGUCGCCUUCUUGGGUCCUAAAACACCAUUUUUAGUGGUAAUUAACGCAUUCGACAUUCAAAAGGCAUAAUCUACCAUAAUCCCAAGCCCACAGUCCGCAAGCAAAUGAGGUUGCAGAAGAAGACGAUGAACAGAUGUUGCAUCUUCACGCUUAUCCACGCCCGUCUCCUUGCGCGCGGUAGUCUUGAAGUCGUGAGUAACCACCUUUUCCAGUUCUCUAUGACGCCGAAUUAAACUACCAGUCUGGAUCGGUGCGACGUUGUCUUUAGAGUCUAUUUGAAAUCACCAUUCCCAGUCAUUCCUCACUCUAUGGCACUGCAGCCUCUUUGCUUGCCUUGUCAGCUGUGCGCAUUAAAGUGUAGUGUUUCAGGCCAGUAAUACUGGGGAAGUGUUCAACGUUGAAGUAUUCACGGAUGUUGCCAACAUGGUAGUUAUGUGUCAGCAUGGGAGUGAACGUGUCUGUUUGACUUCAUUGGGCUGGAAGAGUGCUUGCAGCUUUUACGUUGACUUUUGUGAAGCUUGCCUGUCACAGCACACACUUUUGAUGCAGCGCUAACUCUUCUGCAUUUGAAACGUAAAAGUGCUCCGGUUUGGCUAACUUCUCAGAGCUUCCACGAUGACAGAUGGUUUGGAACAAGGUAGCCAAAGGAUUAGAGGCUGCUAAAGUCUGAGAACCAUUGGCUUAAAAGGGGGCAGACAUAAAAUGCAAUCUUAAAAUUGCAAUCAGACUCCACAAGUGUUUUCGCUCCUGAAUGAAGUAUGGACAUGAGGUAUACAAUUUCGAGGUGCAUUUGCUGCUAUCCGGGUUUUGACAGUGGUAAGAUCCAUUCACAGAAGCUUAUGUUUUAGGGCUACAGAGCGCAGGACGUGUUCUGCUCUAUUUAUUCCCAUUUGCACUUGAUUUCGGGCAUUGUGGAGAGCAUUUCCGGCCAGGCCAAUGAACUAGUUUCCGUAACCUCUAUCCGCACACUCCUCUGUGGUAAUGUUUGUAAAUUUCUAUAGCUGAGAAUGCCAGCAAGACUUCAGCCCUUACGGAAUGGAUUUGAUUGACUGCUCAUUUUGUGUAGAAAUAACAUGUGGGCAUGGGAAAAGGGGGGUGCAAAGUGAUGUGUGCUUCGCAUGCUUGCAGUGUGUGUCUUGGUGUAGUUAUCGAGCAUUGGAUACAGUUACCUUUCCCUUAAGUGCAAAUUUUACGUCCUCCUGUGUUGUUUGCUGCUGCUAAUGUCUUCGACUUCCACGGCUAUCAGUUGUUUCCGAGUGCGUAUAACAUGUCGCGUGUGCAAAGCGAGAAAUGGCUGUAUUCUUUAGGACUUGUUUAAGUUUUGGUUGGCUGUUUUUGUUAAGUGUUACAGCAUUUGUUUUUGUAGUGCUGUUGUAUAGGGCUUUUUCUUUUUUGUUGAAAUGUUGCGCGUUGCUUUUAUAAACAGAGUCGGCAGUGUUAGCUCGAAGCAAAGCAGAUCUGACUAUACCUUAGGUCACAGGCCUGGAGGAAGCUGUGUGCGCAACAUUCAAAUCAAAGACAUGUGCACUGUGUGGUUCUUCAGAACGCGCGCAGGCAUUACGCUUUCUUUUUACGUUGUUGUGGCUGCCUGUAGCUGCUACUACUCAUGUUAUUAUGUUGUCUGUUAAAAAAAUUGCUUAGGAAAUAUUUCACUUCUUCACUGCUCUUAGUUACCUUAUUUCCUUCGAACUGUUUUUAGUGGGGGCCUCUUUGGCCUUGUAUAUUUAUAUAACAAAGCUGUGCAUUGACUUCUCAUUUUUAAGUUAUUUCGCCUUUAGUACAUCUCACCUUUUUGUUGUGGUUCAUCGUCGUAAGUUAUCAUUUCCGAUGCCCUUGCUUGCGUUUAAGAAAACACACGCUCCUCAUUAUGGACGCUACGUCACCAAUGUAAGAAUUGCAUGCCUGUCAGACUUAACGUAGCAAUGUGUCUGCUUUUGCAAAAUACGUUCAAAAUUAGUGAUCAAGUUCUGACGAACAAAUUGCAGUUUCCUAACUGCAAGUUCAUUUUUAUAUUAGAAUUUAUCUUUAAUAGAACAAAUCAAACUCAUUUAAUGCUGAAGUUUUCAAAUGUGAGGGAAGUAAAUUGCUAGCGGCUUCUGAUGGUAACGACACGGAUCUUCGUUAUCCAAUUACUUGAAUAACCAUGUGUAAAAGCGUUGCUCGUUAGAACUGUAUGUUGCUUACGGUUAAAUAAUUAUUUCAUCUGUAGCAUUGAAACUAGCUGGACACAUUUGAGGUUCUGCCACUGUUCUCUUCAGUUCCAAUCUUUAGCAAAUAGUACAUCACAAGAUUUCUUUGCCAAAAAUGAAAGAAUAUUCUAAAGAAACAAAUUUUUUUUGCGUGUGCGUGUGUGUUGGUGUGCAUGCGGUCGCAGGAAUGGUUUCUAUGUGCCAUGUGUGUAUCAUAAGCAUAACAAGUUUGUUUUUAAUUAACGCCACAACACAAAAAGGAUAUACGAUGUUCUUACGAUGGUGUGCGUACGUGUGAAAAGCAACUAUUCGGACGCGUCUUGGUCUUGGAACGCCAUUGUGUACAUAGACAAAAAACGGUGCCGCGAUGACGACCCGCUCAACGGAGAGCAACAGAUUUGUGGACACAAAAACAAAAGAACCUUUGUCACAACCUUGUACAUACAUACUUGAGUGUAGUGUGCUGUUUUCCUAGUGACGCCAUCAUAGUAAAUAAAGGCUAGUUUGUAUCACAAGAUGGCCUGGAACCA